AUGCCUUCCCACUCGCCAAUCUACGAUGCCCUCGCCGGCCUCUUCCCCUCCAACGCGCCCCGGUCACUAUACAUCUGGGACCCACCCAACACGCCCCUCUCCACACCCCAGGCGGCAGCAGCAGCCAUUGCCACCUACCUCGUAGUCAUCUUCGGAGGCAGAUAUUUUAUGAAGGACAGGAGAGCCCUUGGAGAAAGUCUCAAGAUCCCGUUCCUGAUCCAUAACCUCGCACUCACCAUUGGAAGUGGAGCACUCUUGGCCGUCAUGCUAGAAGAAGUCUUGCCCAUUCUCAACAGAGGGGGAGCACUUUACGGCAUCUGUCAUCCUGCCGCAUGGACUACAAGGCUAGAGACAUUUUAUCUCAUCAACUACUACUUCAAAUACUGGGAGCUUCUCGACACCGUCUUCCUUGUGCUCAAGAAGAAGCCUUUGCAAUUCCUGCAUGUCUACCACCACUCUGCUACCGCUCUCCUUUGCUACACUCAGCUGACCGGCAAGACGUCGGUGUCAUGGGUGGUCAUCGUGCUAAACCUCGCAGUCCACGUGAUCAUGUACUUCUACUACGCUCUCUCAAGUCUGAAGAUUCGGGUCCCCUGGAAACAGCUGGUGACCGUUUGCCAGAUUACUCAGUUCGUCAUCGACCUCUGCGUCGUCUACUUUGCCUGCGCCGUGCACUGGAGCUACAGUCAAAACAUCAAGCUCCCCUUCUUCUCCAAGCCCACUGACUGCUCCGGCUCAGAAGGAGCCGCUCUUGCUGGCUGUGCAUGCUUGACCAGCUACCUCUUCCUCUUCCUGAGCUUUUACGCCCGCACAUACAAGAAGGACGGCAAGGCCGGUGUCAAAAAGGCCGCUGCCAAUGGUCGUCCGAUUGCCGGUAAUGGCAGGAUCAACAGCAAUGGCAAUGGCAAGAGCAACGGACAGGCUUCGAAGCAGUAA